AAAAUACAGGACAGAAUUGUGGUCUCUUUAAAGCCUAAGGCGAGCUCUGACACCGAGCGUAUGCUUAACCGAAGGUGGGGGCGACGUUCCCGUGCCAUUUCCUGAUUGGAGUCCAUUGUGCGUCAACGAGGGAGGGGGCGCACUAUCUGCCGACGCGCAGGCAUACUGUUCCGAGCGCUCCAGGACCAGGGCCAUCUUUGGUCGUCCUCAAAGUGUGGACAACAUCUCUCAUUCCGACGCUUUGCAAUCUCAUGAUCAAAAAAACCAACGACAACAACAAAAAACUCGGCUAAAGUGACAAGCGAGCGUCCGAAGCAGCUGCACAGAGAGCGGGACACUCACUGGCAUUUCCCCCCCCCCCCCCCACUCUGGCCCCCGCGGGACCUUUCGCUGCGUUUCUCACGGAAAAAGAGGGCGAGACAACAUGGAUGAAGAAUAUGAUGUGAUCGUUUUGGGCACCGGACUCACAGAAUGCAUCCUGUCUGGGAUCAUGUCUGUGAACGGUAAGAAGGUUCUGCACAUGGACAGGAACCCGUACUACGGUGGUGAGAGCUCCUCCAUCACCCCCCUGGAGGAGCUUUACAAGCGCUUCAGUCUUCCCAACAGUCCGCCAGAAUCCAUGGGCCGAGGACGCGACUGGAACGUUGACCUCAUCCCCAAGUUCCUCAUGGCCAACGGCCAGCUGGUGAAGAUGCUGCUCUACACAGAAGUGACUCGCUACCUGGACUUCAAAGUGGUGGAGGGAAGCUUUGUCUACAAGGGCGGAAAGAUCUACAAGGUGCCAUCCACCGAGACUGAGGCGCUAGCUUCCAAUUUGAUGGGAAUGUUCGAGAAGCGCCGCUUCCGCAAGUUCUUAGUCUUCGUGGCUAACUUUGACGAGAACGACCCCAAGACCUUUGAGGGCGUGGACCCCAAGACCACAACAAUGAGGGACGUUUACAAGAAGUUUGACUUGGGUCAGGACGUCAUUGACUUUACUGGCCACGCCCUGGCCCUCUACAGGACAGAUGAGUACCUGGAUUUUCCCUGCCUGGAUACUAUCAACCGUAUCAAACUGUACAGCGAGUCGCUGGCGCGUUACGGGAGGAGCCCGUACCUCUACCCCUUGUAUGGCCUUGGAGAGCUGCCGCAGGGAUUUGCCAGGUUGAGUGCCAUCUACGGAGGCACCUACAUGCUCAACAAGCCGGUGGAUGAGAUUGUGAUUGAAGGCGGCCACGUGAUCGGCGUCAAGUCUGAAGGCGAGGUGGCUCGCUGCAAGCAGCUGAUCUGCGACCCCAGCUACAUCGCCGAGCGCGUGCGCAAGGCCGGCCAGGUGAUCCGCGUCAUCUGCAUCCUCAGCCAUCCCAUCAAAAACACCAACGACGCCAAUUCCUGCCAGAUCAUCAUCCCGCAGAAUCAGCUCAACCGGAACUCAGACAUCUACGUGUGCAUGAUCUCUUACGCCCACAACGUGGCGGCCCAGGGGAAGUACAUCGCUAUCGUCAGCACCACGGUGGAAACCGGCGAGCCAGAGUCCGAAAUCCAACCCGCCUUCGAGCUGCUGGAGCCCAUUGACCAAAAAUUUGUGGCUAUCAGUGAUCUGUACGAGCCCACAGAUGAUGGUACAGAGAGCCAGAUCUUCGCCUCCAGGUCCUAUGACGCCACCACUCACUUUGAGACCACCUGCAACGACAUCAAGGACAUCUACAAGCGCAUGACCGGCAGCGACUUUGACUUUGAGAACAUGAAGCGCAAACAGAACGACGUGUUCGGGGAGGAUGAGCAGUGAGCGGCCCGAGAGGGAGGCGGGAGGCGGGCGGCCGUGGCGCCGGCGGCGGCGGCAUUUCUGAAGGGGCAAAAGGGGGUCGAUGGCUGCGGGCUGCAAACGUUAGAAUUAAGGAGGCGGGAAAGAAGAAGUGCUGUACCUGUCUUCAACCAUUUGCCUCCUUUUCCCUGUAAACCCCCCCCCCACCCCAACACAUACACACGCCACGGUCACCGAAAGCAGGGCUGAUACUGUCUUUCAUUCCAUUGUAGAAUCUAGAAUCACAUCUGAACCCUUGUCAGUAGAGGUCCAUUUCUAAGGCAAUUCUCAAGCACUUCAUUCUUUCUCGACCUUCUUUUCUCAUGUCAGAUAACAUCUUAGCAGACAUUAACAGGGGUGUCAAACCUAUUUUAGUUCAGGGGCCACAUUCACCCCAAUUUGAUCUCAAGUGGGCCAGACCAGAAUAUUUGUGGCCUUGUAAACUAUAUCCAUCCAUCCAUCCAUUUUCUAAACCGCUUAUCCUCUUUCGGGUCACGGGUGCGCUGGUGCCUAUCUCGGCUAAUUUCGGGUGGGAGGCGGCGUACACUCGCAAUCACGAUCGCAGGGCACAAACAGACAAACCACCAUUCGCACUCACAUUCAUACCUACAGUCAAUUUAGUGUCUUCAACUAAUCGACCAUGCAUGAUUUUGGAACGUGGGAGGAAACCGGAGUGCCCGGAGAAAUCCCACGCAGGCACGGGGCGAACAUGCAAACUCCACACAGGGAGGCCGGAUUUGAACCCACAACUGUGAGGCUACCGUGCUGCUCCCGAGUAAAUGUGAAUAAUGAAAAAUUCAAAUUUUUCUUGGUGCAAAUUAUUACAAGUACAUUUGGAAAAUAUUCAUAUUUAUUGACUAUUAUCUUAUAAUAUUAGUGCAAUUUCAACAUGAGUAAGAAUCAGUGUUUUUAUAUACACGUGCAACUUACAGAUCUCAGUGGAUCUAUAUACUGUAUGUUCCUUUUAUAAAACAACUUUGUUCCUGAAACUUGGCAUCUCUCAGCCUUUACAAGUGCAUCAAUAUCUGGUGUCAAAUCCUGAGUGGCAGCCAAUUUCAGAAUACAUAUAAGUGGUUAUUGAAGUGGUCGUCAGUGCGCCGACCAGUGGCCAAAUUUAGCCACAACAGAAAGUUUGAUUGAAAAAUUGCAGUGAAUGUGUUCUAUCCCCACGGCCCGACUUGGACCCCCAGAUGGGCCGUACGUUGGACACCCCUGGUGCAUGCAUCAUAGACACACACAGUAGUAUUGCGCAUCACCUCAUACGCUCGCAAGGCCGGACGGUCGCACCGGUCAGCCUUGCUUUCACCCGUCCUUCAAUCCACAACGUGCGUAUUCAGACGACGGCUCCGUCGACUAAUGUGCUAACUUUGCCGUGCUGUUGUGUCUCCACGUGCGCUAGCAGGCCAGCUAACCAGUUGCUCUUUUCUGUCACUCCGCUGGCCAAACUCGCGGCAUUCCUUUUACCUUGCAGUAGUUGUAACCUUUAAAAGGAUUCCAGAGUUUUACGUCUUUGUGUUUGGUGCACGUUUUCACUGGCUGAAGUUAUGACGUUUACAGAGGGGAGGUUCAAACUGCGCUUCAGCACAAAUUGUAUUGAAAGAGUAAACAAGGCUUUUUUUAAUUGUGGCAAUUGGAAGUGGCAUAGAUAGGUUUGUGGAAAGUUUCACUGUUGAGUGAAUACAGACUGAAAUUUUGGCCCAGAGUGAAAAAGCCCGGUUGUGUCCUAGUUGUUCCAAGCUUUGCGUAUGUCAUGGAGAUGAGUUCAUUGCCUGCAGGCUAAAUUGAAUGCAAGUGCCAGUUUGCCUCCACGAAGACAAAGCAGAAGAGAAAUGGCGCCCCACAACAAACAAAGCAACAUGUUGGGAUUUGCUUGAAGCCUUAAUUUGGGCUUUGAUUCAAAUCUUUGGGCCGUUACUGUACCUCUUAGCGGCGCUCGCUCACCUACACAUCCACACUAGCUAAUUCUUUCCUUGGGCAUCCGCUCACUCGGCAACCCUGAGCACACUUAUUGGGGUGUACGUUGUACAUGUCUUAAUUAUAUUUGAUAUUUAUUAACGAUGCUAUACAGUGCUAUCAUUUUUGCUUGUUCUGCAGCGCGCACACAUAUACAGAGCAAUGAUGUGUGUUCUAUUUGACUUUCUCCAGCCAUCCUUCCAGUGUUUGUCACGCUUGGAUUGAGGAAUGGCCGAAACCCGAACGUGAACGCUGUGUUCUUGCCAAUUUCACACUAUACAUUAUUUCACUGAACAACAUUGUGUGUGUGGACAAAUGUUACCUGAAAAUAACUGGAAUACUCCUUCCUCAUUAAUAUAUUGCCCUGCCUUCCUCAGCAAACAGUGCUGUACAUCUCUUUUUAUUAUUUAUUGAAAACAAAAAGCCCCAUGUGUGGUUGUACUGUUUUAAUUCUCAUUGUUUGGCCUUUGAGACCCACUAUUGACAAUUUCCCUGUGAAUUGAUGAAAGAAAUAGGUUGAGUCGUGGAAAAUUGACUGUCCUUGUUUGAUCACUAAUAUGUGAACAAUCCCUAAUGUCUUGUGUAACAAAUACAAUGAAUUAAAUUCUGAAUGAAAUGAUAGAAAAAUUAAAAAAAAGCAGAUGGCGAAAUCUGGAAAAAUGGUCUGCCAUUCUUUUC